GUCGACUUUCUUCCCGAUCGAAUACCUGGUGCUCCGCGAGCUGGUUGUCCUGACCUCUCACCUCCUCUCACUCAACAUGACCGCUGUUACAGCUCCCCUUUCUCCAAAGUCCAAAGGCAAAUCCGUCCAGCGAGGGGUUGCCAACGUCGCAGAAUCUCAAUCACAGACUGGGAGUACCUCGGAUCUGAGCUCGGACUCGCACUCGGAAAGCUCAGCGAGUAGCUCGGAUACCUCAGACAGCGACUCGGAUUCAGAAGAGGAGGUUGGCCAAGAGUUUCUCGACUCUCUCCUCGAGAAAGCCAGGAGAAAUGCGGCGCUGAAAGCACAAGACCGGGAAAGGGGCAGUCAGUCCGCCGUAGCAGACGAAGAGGAGAUACGGCUUGACACUGGUGAUGAGGACACCCAAAAACCACUCCCUCCACUCGAUCCAGGCAAACUCCCCAAACCCUACUUUGACCUCGCCGACUCGAAGCAAGCAGGUCCCUCACGGGUCCGCGACCUGGACAUCGAACAAGCAGAGCAGGCAAGCUCUUCUCGUGUCGUGCCUGCAUCACCACCAUAUCUACCAGAACCUACGAAGUCUGGCAGGCCGUUGACGAAGAAGGAAACAAAGGCGCUGAAAAACAAAACUGCAGGGCCGGACUGGUUCGACCUCCCCGCACCUGCAGAGGCAGAUCUCCCGAGACUGUACCGAGAAUACGAGGCGCUGCGCUUGCGCAAUCAGCUGGACCCGAAACGGUUCUACAAGAAAGACGAGGGAGAAGGGAAGGGUAUCAAGGGCUUGCCGAAGCAUUUCGCGAUGGGCACUAUUGUUGCAUCGCCAUCGCCGUUUGGAGGCCCAAAUGCAGAGAACCUCAGCAGGGCCGAGAGGAAGCGAACCCUGGUGGACGAGCUGGUGGACGAUGCAGAGGCCAAGAGCUACGCGAAAAAGAAGUUUAAGGAACUGCAGAGCGUACGCUCAGCCAAAGGUCGGGGUACUUUGGCCAAAAAGAAAGCCCUACGGAAACCGAAAUGGUGAUGAGCGCAUUACACCGGUAGUAUAGGCCUCGCCUGUGCCGAUCUUGCGUCCGAGUCCGCUGUUCAAGUCUGGACACAUCACUUGCAUGAUUGUCGUGGUCGGAUUUGUAUCACCAGUUCACAUCUAUUGCAUUACGGUGAAACAAAAGGAGAACAGCAUGUAUUCUCACUGCCGAAAGUUCACUGCGACUGAGGCAUUUGACGCAAUGAAUUGUAAUAGCUGCAUGACCACUCAGUGGAAGCUGG